AUGGCAAUCAAGCUGAAUUUGUUUGUCGCCUUUCUGAUGAUUUCUAUAUAUUAUUGCGCAGAGGUUUGCUCCCUAGUGGAAUUCACAAACAUACAGUGCGAGUCAUUGGAUAAGGAUUUUUCCUUAUUCGAAUAUUGCUUAUUGAAAUCUAUAAACCGAUCAUACAAAUAUAUUUCCGUAAAAGCCAAACUCCUGAAGAUACCCAUAACCAAAAUCAAGGUGCGAGUUGGUCUCUACAAGCGUUUGAGUGGCUAUAAGCCUUUUCUCUACAAUAUAACCUAUGACGGGUGCAGAUUCAUAAGUUCGCAAAAUCCCAAUCCGAUUGUUUCUUAUUUUUACAGCUUUUUCAAAGAGUUAUCCAAUAUAAACCACAUUUGUCCCUAUAGCCAUGAUAUUGUGGUCGAUAAGCUGCCAUAUCAUAGUAUUAACAAUAAGCUAACCAAAGUACUGCCCUUUCCGGAGGGAAACUACAUGCUUGAAGUGCACUGGAUGGCAUAUGAUAUUGAUAGAGCCAUAACCAAGUUCUAUUGGUCACUUACUUGA